UUCACCGGUCACUGGAGUUGUGACCUCACCGCUUUAAACGUACAAACUGCAAUCAUACGAAACUAUCAAAUUAAAUAACAGCAAGAAAGUAGUCCACGUUCGGGGGCGGUGUCAGGGGCGAGACCAGACACAUGCAGCCACUCAUCUAAGACUGAAGAUGGACGAGCACUUCUGGCCUUGAACAGAGCGAGACUAAGGGACUUCCAAACAAGCUCACUGUGAAGCUGAACUAUUCCACGGCACCGGAAACGGCAACUCCCACUUGGGGCGCUGCGGACACACGAGUCUAGGCUGCCUUCCAGGAAGCCAAAAAAAAAAAAAAAAAAGGAAAAGAAAGAGAAAAAGAAGGGAUAGUGGAGAGCAGGGCUUCGGCCGCCGCCCACACGCCGCGCCCUCGCCUCUUCGCGGUUGCGGCCGCCGCCCUCGGCCCUCGGGCCACUCCCAGGUGGCUCAGCCCUCGGACCCCGCGGCCGGCCGGGCGCUGCCCGCCGGCGGGGACCUCAGGGAUCAUGGCCCAAAUAGCAAUGUCCACCCUGCCCAUCACAAAUGAGGAGUCCUCGGAGAGCAGGAUGGUGGUGACGUUCCUCGUGUCUGCCCUUGAGUCCAUGUGUAAAGAACUGGCCAAGUCCAAGGCAGAAGUGGCCUGCAUUGCAAUGUAUGAAACAGACGUGUUUGUCGUUGGAACAGAGAAAGGACGUGCUUUUAUCAAUGCCAGAACGGAUUUGCAGAAGGAUUUUGCAAAAUACUGCAUUGCCGAAGGGCUGCAGGAGGUGAAACCCCCAGGCCCUGCCAACGGGAUGCAGAUUGAUUCAGGAGAAACGGAAAUACUCAGAAAAGCCGUCGAGGACUAUUUCUGCUUUUGUUACGGCAAAGCCUUGGGGACGACAGCGAUGGUGCCUGUUCCUUACGAGAAGAUGCUGAGGGACCAGGCAGCCGUAGUGGUGCAGGGGCUCCCAGAAGGGGUCCCCUUUCAACACCCUGAGAACUAUGACCUUGCAACCCUGAAGUGGAUUUUGGAGAACAAAGCGGGGAUUUCAUUCCUUAUCAACAGACCCUUCCUGGGUCCCGUGAGUCAGCUUGGUGUGCCUGGGUUGAUAACAGAUGCUGAGCGAUCAGUGACAUCACCAAGUGAAAGCUGUGCCCCCAUAAGUGUGAAGACUGAACCCAUGGAAGAUUCUGGCAUUUCACCGAAAGCAACAGUUAUGUCAGUCAAGAAAGAAUCAGAAGAUCCUAAUUACUAUGAAUAUAGUAUGCAAGAUUCUACUCAGCUUGCCCCUUCAGAAAUGAGUGAGGACCCUGAAGCUGAGGUGAAAAUUGAAGGAAACACCAAUUCAUCCAAUAUUACAAAUUCUGCAGCCGGUGUUGAAGAUCUUAACAUCGUUCAGGUGACGAUUCCAGAUAAUGAGAAGGAAAGAUUAUCAAGCAUUGAAAAAAUAAAACAACUAAGAGAACAAGUCAAUGACCUCUUUAGCCGAAAAUUUGGUGAAGCAAUUGGAGUGGAUUUCCCUGUUAAAGUUCCCUACAGGAAGAUCACCUUCAACCCUGGCUGUGUGGUCAUCGAUGGCAUGCCCCCGGGGGUGGUAUUCAAAGCCCCUGGCUACCUGGAAAUCAGCUCCAUGAGAAGGAUCUUGGAUGCCGCAGAAUUUAUCAAAUUCACAGUCAUCAGACCACUUCCCGGCCUUGAACUCAGCAAUGUGGGAAAAAGAAAGAUAGACCAAGAGGGCCGUGUAUUUCAAGAAAAGUGGGAGAGAGCAUAUUUCUUCGUGGAGGUGCAGAAUAUCCCUACGUGUUUAAUAUGCAAACAGAGCAUGUCUGUGUCCAAAGAAUACAACCUGAGACGCCAUUAUCAAACCAACCACAGCAAGCACUAUGACCAGUACACAGAGAAGAUGCGCGACGAGAAGCUCCAGGAGCUGAAGAAAGGGCUCAGAAAGUAUCUCUUAGGGUCAUCAGACAUCGUGUGUCCCGAGCAAAAACGAGUGUUUGCAAAUGUGAGUCCAAAGGAAAACCCUGCCGUCCAGCCCAUAGAAGACGUGGCUGGGAACUUAUGGGAGAAAUUACGUGAAAAAAUCAGAUCAUUUGUGGCCUAUUCUAUUGCCAUCGAUGAGAUCACAGAUAUAAAUAACACCACCCAGUUGGCCAUAUUCAUCCGCGGCGUUGAUGAGAAUUUUGAUGUAUCGGAAGAACUUUUGGAUACGGUGCCCAUGACGGGGACAAAAUCUGGAAAUGAGAUCUUUUUGCGUGUUGAGAAAAGUCUUAAAAAGUUUAAUAUCGACUGGUCGAAAUUAGUAAGUGUGGCCUCAACUGGCACUCCUGCAAUGGUAGAUGCCAACGACGGGCUGGUCACAAAACUCAAGUCCAAGGUGGCGAUGGCUUGCAAGGGCUCAGAUCUGAAGUCCGUUUGUUGCAUUAUUCACCCGGAAUCGCUCUGUGCUCAAAAGUUAAAGAUGGACCACAUCAUGAGCGUGGUAGUUAAUGCCGUGAACUGGAUCUGCUCCCGCGGACUGAACCACAGCGAGUUCACGACUUUGCUCUAUGAGCUGGACAGCCAAUACGGCAGCCUUCUGUACUACACGGAGAUUAAGUGGCUCAGCCGCGGGCUGGUGCUGAAGAGGUUCUUUGACUCGUUGGAAGAAAUUGACUCCUUCAUGUCUUCCAGAGGCAAGCCCCUGCCUCAGCUGAGCUCUCAAGAUUGGAUCAAAGACUUGGCCUUCCUGGUGGACAUGACUAUGCAUCUGAACACGUUGAAUCUCUCUCUCCAAGGGCAUUCCCAAAUCGUGACACAGAUGUAUGACUUGAUUCGGGCGUUCUUGGCUAAACUGUGCCUCUGGGAGACUCAUUUGGCCAGGAAUAACCUGGCCCACUUUCCCACCCUGAAGUCGGUUUCCAGAAACGAAAGCGAUGGGCUGAACUACAUUCCCAAAAUCGUGGAGCUAAAGACGGAAUUCCAGAAAAGGCUGUCUGAUUUCAAAGUCUACGAAAGUGAACUGACCCUGUUCAGCUCCCCUUUCUCCAUGAAGAUCGAGAGCGUCCAGGAAGCGCUCCAGAUGGAGGUAAUUGAUCUGCAGUGCAACACGGUCCUGAAAACCAAAUACGACAAGGUGGGAAUACCAGAAUUCUAUAAAUACCUCUGGAGCAGCUAUCCCAAGUACAAAACCCACUGUGCCAAGAUUCUCUCCAUGUUCGGGAGUACCUACAUUUGUGAACAGCUCUUUUCCAUUAUGAAACUGAGUAAAACUGAGUACUGCUCCCAGUUGAAGGACUCCCAGUGGGAUUCUGUACUCCACAUCGCGACGUGAUGAAACACACUCCCGCAGGAUCCCGUGGGCUGGAAGCCUAGAAUCCUCUAGGCCCGAGGGGUUGCAAGAUGAGAAAAUGAGUUAUUAAAUAUAUCUGGUUUUCUGUUUUUUCCCACUUUGACUCAGAAAUGUCAUUUGCAGUUAUCAUACUUGUUUCUAUGACAUUUUAUGUUUCCCCAUAGCCCAGUAAAAAUCAAGAAAGUUUUAUUGUA